UUACUUGUGUAGUCAAGUGUUUGGAGGACGGCCGAAUUCUGUGCUGCGUAAGGAUUUGCCUUCGGUGGUCUCCGUCGACGAUGAUGGAUUAAUUCGAGCUCCGGUGGAAAAAAGCCAUCGAUCGUAUCCUCGGGCAGUUGGGUUUGGCUGAUGCAGCUAGCUUUGCUGCUACACAUGGACGGUUGCUCUCCACGGAAGCAAAGCAUAUAUUGGCGCUCAAACUUUGAGACUUACACUACCACCAUCUGCAUAAUUAUAUAUGGGGUCAGCAGGGCAAGACUCCAUAUGUUCCAAGCCGUGCAGUUUUUUAUCCACAUUGCUGAAAUGAGGGUGUUGAGAAAUGUCCAAGAUGUUGGUGGGGAAAAUCUGACGGGAAAGCUAAGGUUGUCGCCCAUGAGAAAUCUGUGGAACGAAUGGGAGAUCCACGGCCUGGUACUCGCGAGCUUGGCCUUGCAAUUCUUCCUCUUCUUCAUAGCAGGCAUGCGGAGGCGCAGCACAUCACGCAUCAUCAACGCCUUCCUGUGGCUAGCCUACCUUUCGGCUGACUCCGUGGCUGUCUUCGUCCUCGGCCACCUCGCCGUCCGUGCGAGCGGGCCACAACACGAGCUCAUUGCCUUCUGGGCGCCGUUCCUGCUCGUCCACCUGGGUGGGCAGGACACCAUCACCGCUCUCUCUGCCCAGGACAACGAGCUGUGGAUGCGUCAUCUCCUGGGCCUCGUCUCCCAGGUGGCAGUGGCCGGCUACGUCGUGUCCAAGUCAUCUUGGCCGGACAGACGGCUGCUGGCGGCCACCGUGCUCAUCUUCCUCUCUGGGACCUUCAAGUACGCUGGCCGCACCUACUGCCUUUACUCAGCCAGGCCAGCAUAUAUCAGGGAGUACUCCCAGCUUAGUUUGUCAAGAACACUAUGGAAGCUGAAGCGUGCAGCCGAAGGAGUCAAUUCACACAGAACAUCUGCGGAUGAAUUAAUCAGUGAGCUCCGGGAUUCUAUGCUUGGUGAGGUUCCCAACAUGGAUUCAUUGUUCUAUGAAGAUGCCAUGGAAAUCAUGUCGGUGGAUGCUCCUUCAAAUCCGGUGGAGAGUAUUUUAGCUCGAGAUUUUCUGCCAAGCAUGCUGGAGAAGUUUCAGUCAACUUUGUGCCUCCGGAAGCCAUAUGAGCAUGUUGGCAGAAAAUUGGUAAAAUGUUAUGAGAACUUCUACACAAAAAGUCCACUUUUACGUUUCUACGAGCUGUGUGCCAAGAUAUUUCAUUUGAGCUACGGUAUUGAAAAUUUGGUUAUUUUGUUGAUUACUGGGAUUCUCUGGCUGACAGCUAUCCUGUUCCAGUAUCUUCUAACCACAAUAGCCCUAGUGCUCUUCACCCUGGCUGAGAAAGGGCACCAAGUCCAUAAUAGAGUUGAUGUCACCGUGUCCUACAUACUGCUCAUCGGAGCCAUAAUCCUAGACGUGUCCUCUGCCUUCAUGUCCAUUCUUUCGUCUCUGAGAUCCAACCCUUCUAGAGAUUUGAGCAUGAUUAACACUGUAUUCUUGCAUGUAAUCGACUGCAUUCAGCCAACAUGGAGCAGAAAACAGUGGUCUGAGAAGAUAGCACAAUACAGCAUGGUCAAGAGGCACACCAUGGAAGAUACUGGAGGCAUGUCAUAUGUGCGGCAACGGAUUGGCAAGUAUUUUAUAGCUUGGGGUGUUGAACUAUUGGAUCCAAGCCUGACGCACACACAGGUCACCGGAGAUCUCAAGGAGUUUGUCCUCGGCAAUUUGGUACGUUUUGGGAUCAGUAAAGAAUACAAUGUUGCCAAUUUUCGUGGCCAGCUAGCGCUUCAAAAGUGCAGGCAGACGGCUCUGUAUGAUAGCAUCGAUGGUGUCAAGGAUUUCCCGACAAGCAUUCUCAUUUGGCACAUUGCAACGGAUAUUUGCUACUACUCUGGAAGCAGCAGCAUGACCAACACAGAUUGUGAAGGAUCAAAGAAGAAAAUGUGCAGAGAGCUGUCAAAUUAUAUAAUGUACCUUGUCUUCAAGUGUGGCGUGAUGCUUACCAGCAACUCCCAGCUUGUUCAUAACAAUGUUCAUGGUGAAAUGGAGAAAGUUCUUGCAGAUCAAUGGUCAAAGAUGGUUAAUCAUGGGGAGGAGGAUGUCAUGAAGGUGUUUGAAGGCACAAAAGAUGAACAACCACCCUUGACAGUGAAUGAGAAUCAGGGACAGUCGGUCAAUACAGAUAGUGCUACCUCCAGCGAUCUGAAGAAACUCCUCGAAAGGGCCGCGGAAGCUAUUUAUUCUCCAGUACUACCUCAUGCAUCCAAGGUGGCCCAGGAGCUCAUGGGUAUCGUUGAUGAAGGUGGGCGCUGGGAUCUCAUCGCCGCGGUGUGGUUGGAGAUGCUUUUAUACAUCGCGCCUCGUUGUGGAGGUGCUUUCCAUUACCAGCAUCUUUGCACUGGUGGGGAGUUCAUCACGCAUAUCCUCCUCCUCAUGCGUUCUCUAGGCCCAUUUCUACCAGGACCUGACAAUCCAGCUCCUUGAGCCCUCUGAUCGUCUACCAUUCGUGUGCCAGGUCAUCAGAUGACUGUAGAUCUGGUCAUCACACGCUAGCAAGAACUGGUGUGUGCAAAAGAGUGUGCUAUAUAUAUAAUAAGUUCUGAGUUCCAUUUCCUCUAGUGGAAUGGGAAUACAUGGAACAAAUGCCGAAUGUUAUUUGUGAUGCGAAAGUUAUGAGUACUUGUCUAUUAUGAUUAUGCUGUUGACUGUAAGGGGGAAUUAUUCCGAGAGAAACAAGUAUAUGUAUGUAUGCUACAUUUUCUGUAUUUUUUUUGUAUCUACAAAUGGCAUGAUAUAAUGAGAUGCUUU